CUGGUGGCUGCCAGUCGCCCAUAAGGGGGCCAAGCCUGGGGCAGGUGCUGCCCACACUUCCAUGGGCAAGAGGUUACAGCAGCAAUUGAUGCCCCUAAUGGUGUCUGGAGACAAAGGAAUUUCUACCUUCCCAGAGUCAGACAAUGUCUUCAAGUGGGUUGUGACCAUCCAUGGGGCAGCUGGGACAGUAUAUGAAGAUCUAAGGUGCAAGCUCUCCCUGGAAUUCCCCAGUGGCUACCCAUGUAAUGCUCCCACUGUGAAAUUUGUCACACCUUGUUACCAUCCUAAUGUGGACACCCAAGGCAAUAUAUGUUUGGACAUCCUCAAGGACAAGUGGUCAGCUCUGUAUGAUGUCAGAAUCAUCCUGCUGUCUAUGCAGAGCCUGCUAGGAGAAUCCAACAUUGACAGCCCAUUAAACACACAUGCUGCUGAACUUUGGACAAACCUCAGAGCCUUUAGAAAGUACCUGCUGGAAACCUACAUGAAGCAGAUGACUAGCCAGGAGCCCUGA